AUGGCGACUUCAAUGCAGUUUGGUCCCGAGUGGAUGCGCAAAGGUCCCAAUAGCAAAUCUGGCGGCAAGGAAAAUCCAGCCUCGACCACACCUUCAGCUGCCACGAGCCCAGGCACCGGCCCUGUCGCUGGCAAUGCUGCUCCGGCCAACGGCAGCGGAAAGCGGAACGGCGGGUCUGGCGGUCUUGGAAACCUGUCUGGUCCCGCGCCGGUUGCAAGCCCUGCGGUGAGCAGCCCAGGCGCAUUCUCAUUCGCAGCAGCAGCAGCUGCGGCAACUUCGCAAGCUUCGGAAAGAAACAGCACGCAACCUUCCGCUCAGCAUGGUUCUGCGACUGGCGGCGACAGCGACGCCUCUACGGCUCUGCUCAACGGUGGCUCCGCAGGCCUCGCAAAGGACAAGGUGACGCGCGAGAAGCUGCUUAGCUUGUACAGCUCCGAUCGCUCAGGCAAAGUGCUUAGCUCAGAGCCCUCACCUGUGGAAGCACUUCCACCUGGUGGCGGCGCCGGUCCCGAACGCUCUACCAGCACGUCGCGGAGAAAGGGAGGUUCCGAUCGCCGCCCUUCCGCUUUCACCGAGUUCGGUGCUGUCGGUGCUGGACCUCUCUCGCCUGGCCUGCCUAGCAGCGAGCCCCGCGGACUCAAUGCACGCUCCGCCUCGGGUAGCUCCUCAGGAGGCUUCGGAUCUGCCGGCACAUCCAAUUGGGACAAGGCGGAAAAAGAGCGCCCUGGUCUCUUCCAGCGGGCUUCUAAUGGUACUCUGACUGGCGUCAUUGCUACCUCUGGGUCUAGGCCUCUCUCGCCUUCGGUCUCUCGUGAUCGCUUCAGUGGCAUUCAAGGUGGAGUUCUCUCCGGCGUAGCUCCUCCUGCGCGCAAGAGGAUGGACAGCAGCGAUGGCGCUACCAUCACUGUCGAGCCUCUUCGUCCUGGUCGCUCGCUCAGAGGCAGUCAGGAAGAGAUGAAUGCCUCGCUGACGACAAAUGGCACCGCCGCCACCGGUUCCUGGGGACGGUCCACCCAGCCUUCAAUGGCAGUUGGCAAUGGAUCGGGAGCAGGAGUUUUGGGUGCGUUCUCGGAUGCCUUCAGCUCGAAUCGUGUACGAGGUCGGAAUGCUUCGGCUGCGAACGACCAGUCGACAGGCGCUGCCUCUGCUGCACAAUUGCUAGAGCCCUCGCAGCCUUCGCAACCCAUCGUGCCCAGUGGGAAUCCCGAGGGACUCAGCAUUUCCGCCCGCUUCGCCCGUCACAAAGACCGUUUGCCUGGCGAGGGACCUAUCGGCCCUCCUUCCGACGGCAGCAUUGGCUUUGGCAAGUCGGCUGGUUUUGACAGAAGGAGAGAGCGUCAAAGCAGUCAGGCUAGAACCCUGCAGUCGCAAGCCUUUAAAAUUGAUACCGCUACGGGCAAUACUCACCCAGCGGCUGCCGAUGCAAACUCGUCCGAAAAGACCAUGGCUCGAUUGCACGAUUCAACUAGCCAAGACGUGCCGACAGGCCAACAUGGACUGGGCAGCGACGAUCCCGACCUUGCCCAGCACGCCUCUGCCGUCCUUGGAUCGCUCAAACUCGACGAAGACGACAGCCCGGGCCUACCAAGCGCCUCUGCUCUUGCUCAAGAUCAACAUCCAACCACUUCGGACCGUCGCGACACCAACGCGGACGACUUCCUUCGAGGACGCGAUCACUUCGAACAGGCUCAUCAGCAACUUCCCAACCACGCACCUCAAACGACCAUGCAGUCGUCUUCUUGGUCUCCCGAGUCGUCCAUGUGGCUCUACAGGGACAUGGCAGGCAACGUGCAAGGCCCCUUUAGCAGUGUCAUGAUGCAGGAUUGGUACUCGCAACAGUACUUUGCCGAUGAUCUGCUCAUCAAGCGUCAGGAGGAUGCCGACUUCAGACCUCUUCUGCAGAUCGUAGCUGUCAUUGGUAAUGCUCUCCAGCCUUUCCUCAUUCCGCCUUCCAACUGGCUUACCAGCCCGGCACCGCCGAGGUCCACGUACGCCAACAACUUGGGCAGCGCUGACAGCAUGCUUGGUGCAGACCAGAGCCGCUUCAGCGAUGCCUUCGAUUCAAACAGAGCUUGGCCAGGUCAAGGAGGCAGUCAACAGCAGCAGCAGCAGCAGCAACAACAACAACAUCAUCAACAGCAGCAACAACAACAACAACAACAACAACAACAACAACAACAACAACAACAACAACAACAACAACAACAACAACAACAACAACAACAACAACAACAACAACAACAACAACAACAACAACAACAACAACAACAACAACAACUGCAACUACAACUGCAACAACAUCAGCAGCAGCAACAGCAGCAGCAGCCUCAGCAACAAGGGUGGCCGACUCCCUUGGCCUUGGGUGGUAUAGGAAACGUUGGUCCCUCGCCCGCUUCGCCCUUCGGACGACCUGAUCUCUUCUCGGCUGGACAGUCGGGUCUGCGCAACCGGGAUGGCCUCAUGUCGAUCCUCCGCGAACGCGAACUGCAGGAGCAGCGUCAAGCUGCAGCUGCUGCGGCCUCGGCUUCGCGCGGCCCCGGAGGUAUGCAUCUCGGCCAACUUGACAGCUUUAGUGCGGGUCUUGGAAGGUCCGGAUGGGGCAACGAGUCGGCCAUGUCGCCGUCUCACUGGGGCGGCAUCGGUCACGGAGGUCUCGGUCAGUUCGGCGAUGUUGGUCUCAGCGGACAUCAGAGCCCGCUCGUCGGUGACCGACCCCCCGUCUUUGACAGCUUUGGUAACCAGUCGAGGGAGAACUUUGACCAGGCCGGCAGCCCUUGGUCGAACAAGGCGUCGCUCGCACCUCGAUCGCAGUUGGAUUCGAUGCGACCCAUGCAGCAGGGGCAGUGGGGUGAGCCGUCGGCUCCGUGGAACUACUCUGCAACCACACCGGAUCUGACCAACCGCCAGAUGGAUUUCAGCGAAGCCAUCCUGCGCAACGAAGCCACCAAGGCCGCCGACCCCAUCGGAACGCCUCGACGCGAACGAUCACCUGCACCUCAGCACGACCUCGCCUCUUCGGCCAAUCAGCAGGCUCUCGAGCACAAGGAGCAGCUGCACAAGUCGUUUGAAAAUGCAUUUCCUGCUCCUACGCAAGUCGAGCAGGCUCCCUUUGAUGCGCAACCCGCUGCAUCGACUGCUGUUAAGGCUCGAACCGCCGGUAGCGUCGACGAAAACUCUGUUGCGGCAGAAAAGGCAGAGGUCACUGCAGGAGCAGCCAAGACAAGUCCGUCGCAGAAAAGAAUGGGUAAGAAGGACGCCCAGAAGGCGGCGCCCGCCACCAGCGCUACUCAGGAGGCGAAUCUUGCCACUGCUAACACGGCUGAGACUAUCAUCCCUCCUCCCGAAGCUUUUUCCACGGCCGAGCCGCGACCGGAAGAGCUCUGGCCCCAGUCUCCCAAGGCGGUCGAGUUUGCUUCGGAGCCCGAGCUCUCCGGCAUGCCUGCUCUGACGCUUCCUUCCAACAAGUCGGCCAAGGAUGCCAAGCGCGAGCCACGUUCCGCCCUGCAGCGACAGGCCUCCGACGUGUCACGCGUUGUUCCUGGCAGCGGUGAACCUACCGGCCGAGCUGCUGUUUCCGCUGUUCGUUCUGCUGGAGCCGGUAACGUGCGUGUUGUCUCUCAGGAGCAGUUCAAACGAGGCACCAAUGGCGACAACGCCUCUACUGCCACACAGGCCCCCCUCUCGGACUGGCUCAACGAUGGCUCGGCCGCAGAAUCGCCCGCGCCCGCCAGAAGUUGA